AUGCAAGACAUUGCACACGAAUUUGUUGAGAUGGCUAAGCUUGUCGAUGUGAGCGAGUGUGAUAAUGAGGGUGUGCAAGUAGUUCAGAGCCCCAAGACUAAGUGCAGUGAGGAGACAAAGUCGGUAAUGAGAGAAUUGACAAAAGUUCGCUCAAGAGCUAUCCGGCUAGAGUGCACACUGAAAUCUCAACGAGCGGAAGGACUUAUGAAUGGCUUGGAUUCAUAUAGGCAUCUUGUCUCGAAAGAAGAUCGACGAGAUGACGAUGGGAGCUCGCGCCGUGAUCGAGUACGCGGCAGUCACACCUGGACUGAAGAAGAGCGAAUGAUUGCUUUCCAUUGUCUCCUUCGUUAUGGAAGAGAUUUCGAUGCGGUCGCGGAAGUGCUUGGUACGAAAACACCGGAUAAAGUGAAGAGUUUCUAUACAGAGAUGAAAGAAGAUAUAGACAAAUUGCUAGAAAAGGAAAUCCGAGCAGAUGAAGAGCUGGUCACUUCGUUUGAUGUUGAAAAAGAACUGGGUGCAGAGGCGACUAAGCCUGUGGAAGUAGUAAACCUUGAUUGA